AAAAAGCAGAAACAUUUUCCCUUAUAGAAUGCCCACAUAAAAAUAGGUUAUCUAAUAGCAUCAUUAUCCAGGGUUUUUUACGGCGGGGUUCUUAGGAAAAUAUAAGAAAUUGUUUCUUAAUUUUUAAUAAAAAACUGUUUCUUAAAGUACACUUAUAAGUUUUGAUUUUGCAGUAUUAUCGCUGUUUGUUAGCUACAUACUGGGCCAAUGACAAAACCGUAUGCAAAAGCUCUUCAAAUCAAUGAGGAGAGUAUAGGGGAAUGGAUACGAUGUAAAUAUGGUAUUCCUUACACAUAUGACAUUAUAAGCAGCGUACCUUACCAUAAGAAUAACAGUACCAGUGGCUAUCGUUCUCUCAUCUUCAGUGGUGAUCACGAUAUGGCAGUGCCUUAUCUUGGAACCCAAGCUUGGAUAAGGUCUCUCAACUAUUCUAUUAUCGAUGACUGGAGGCCAUGGAUGAUCAACGAUCAAAUCGCUGGAUACACAAGGACUUAUGCAAAUAAGAUGACAUUUGCUACUAUCAAAGGAGGUGGGCACACGCCGGAGUACAAACCAGAUGAAAGUUCUAUAAUGUUCCAAAGGUGGAUCAAUGGCCAACCUCUGUAAAAGAGGAAAUUAAUUACGAUUAUAUUAUUCUAUCAAAAUGUGUACAUACUCUAGUACACACAUUCUCCAAAUAUGUAAGAACACUUUGGUCUUUUAAGCGACUUGAAA